AUGCUGGGACUCAGACCUCGUCCACGACUUGUUCACAGACCUUCUCUUCUCGAUUUGAUAAACUCGUCCGCGGCUUCGCAAUCCGUCGAAGCGCGCUUUGCCCCGUCUGAGCUAGGGCCUGACCUCAGCGACGAGCAGCGUCCAUACACUCCACCCGAAUACAAGCUUCCACUUCCUCCCAGCCCGGAGCUCGAACGAAGCCCGCCACCACCCUACAGCUUCACCGUCACUCAAUUCGACAGCCUCGAGGAGCUGUCCGAGGAGGAACCACCAAAGCUCCAGUCACCGCCCUCCGCACCACCCGCAAAGAUGGCACCCAAAAAGGAUCAGAAGAAAGAUGAGGAGAACCAAGGAUCCAUCUUCUCCGUCUCCGGUCCCGUCAUUGUUGCUCAAAACAUGACGGGAUGUGCCAUGUAYGAGCUGUGCAAGGUCGGAUACGACAACCUCGUUGGUGAGGUCAUCCGUAUCGACGCCGACAAGGCCACCAUCCAGGUCUACGAGGAGACGGCAGGUGUGACUGUCGGUGAUCCUGUGACCAGGACUGGCAAGCCAUUGUCUGUUGAGCUGGGACCUGGUUUGAUGGAGACAAUCUACGAUGGCAUUCAGAGACCUCUCAAGGCCAUCAGCGACGUGUCUCAGAGCAUCUACAUCCCCAGAGGUAUCGACGUCCCAUCUCUGGACCGCGAGAAGAAGUGGGCAUUCACACCAAGCGACAAGUUCAAGAAGGGAGACCACAUCACAGGUGGCGACAUCUUUGGUACGGUGGUUGAGAACAGCUUGCUCAGCGACCACAGGAUCCUCCUGCCACCUCGUGCCAAGGGUACCAUCACCUGGAUUGCAGAGAAGGGUGAAUACACUGUCGACACGAAGAUGUUGGAGCUUGAAUUCGAGGGAAAGAAGAGCGAGUACACCAUGAUGCACCAAUGGCCUGUUCGUGUCCCCAGACCUUCCACCGACAAGCUCAGCUCUGGUGAUCCAUUCAUUGUUGGGCAGCGUGUCUUGGACGCCCUCUUCCCUGUCGUUCAGGGAGGUACUGUCUGUAUUCCAGGCGCUUUCGGAUGUGGCAAGACUGUCAUUUCCCAGGCCGUGUCCAAGUUCUCUAACAGUGACUUGAUUGUUUACGUGGGCUGUGGCGAACGUGGAAAUGAGAUGGCCGAAGUGUUGAUGGACUUUCCAGAGCUCACCAUCGAUUUCGACGGCCGCAAAGAGCCCAUCAUGAAGCGUACCUGUCUCAUCGCCAACACCUCCAACAUGCCCGUGGCUGCUCGAGAGGCUUCCAUCUACACUGGAAUUACGAUUUCCGAGUACUUCCGCGAUCAGGGCAAGAAUGUCGCCAUGAUGGCAGACUCCAGUUCUCGUUGGGCUGAGGCUCUUCGUGAGAUUUCCGGUCGUCUCGGAGAAAUGCCUGCUGAUCAAGGUUUCCCUGCCUACCUUGGUGCUAAGCUGGCAUCUUUCUACGAGCGUGCUGGAAAGGUCACUGCUCUUGGCUCUCCUGACCGUCAGGGCAGUAUCAGUAUUGUCGGCGCCGUCUCACCUCCAGGUGGUGACUUCUCAGACCCCGUUACUAGCUCCACGCUUGGUAUCGUUCAGGUCUUUUGGGGACUCGACAAGAAGCUUGCUCAGCGUAAGCAUUUCCCGUCCAUCAACACCUCGCAGUCUUACUCCAAGUACACCACAAUUCUGGCCCCCUUCUACGCGGAGCACAACCCAGAGUUCCCCCAAUACCGUGACCGCAUUCGAGAGCUGCUCUCGACCUCUGAAGAUUUGGAUCAGGUCGUGCAGUUGGUUGGAAAGUCCGCGCUUGGUGACUCGGACAAGAUCACUCUUGAUGUCGCGGCUCUCAUCAAGGAUGACUUCCUCCAGCAGAACGGAUACAGUGAUUACGACCAGUUCUGUCCUCUGUGGAAGACUGCGUGGAUGAUGAAGGCUAUGAUGACCUUCCACGAUGAGGCACAAAAGGCCAUUUCUCAGGGCAACCACUGGGCCAAGGUCCGCGAGGCCACUUCAGAGAUUCAGACUGAUCUGAGGAGUAUGAAGUUUGAGCUCCCCACUGAUGGUGAGGAAGCUGUGGUCAAGAAGUACGAGGAGCUGAUGCAGAGGAUGAACGAGAAGUUUGCGAGCGUGACUGACGAGUAA